UAAGCGGUGCGCCAAUCCAGGUUGCGCGCGCACCACGUCGCCGUUGCGUGCGAACUCUUUCCAUCGGGACUCCUGGGACGUUUCGCCCGCCACACAUCCAUCCAUCCAUCCAUCCAUCCCGUAUUUGUUCACGUGCGUGGACAUGGCCGAUGUUCCACAGCUCGUCAAAAUCGGCAUUUCGCUGAAGAUGCUUCCCAACAACACCGCCGUCUACUUCAAAUCCGACGGAGCCAGGUUCGGACAAACCCGAACCAUUAAGCUGCUCACCGGUUCCAAGUACAAGAUCGAGGUGGUGAUCAAACCCGGAGCGGUCGAGGCCACGUCAAUGAGUUUGGGUGGCAUCACCUUUGCUCUGGAGCAGCAGUCCAAGGACCCUCAGUCGGUGGUCUACUCGGGCCUGUACGACACGGAGGGCGUAGCUCACACCAAGAGUGGAGAAAGGCAGCCCCUUCAGAUCAGUAUACAGUUCACCGAGGCGGGCACGUUUGAGACGGUGUGGCAGGUGAAGUACUACAACUACCACAAGCGGGACCACUGCCAGUGGGGCAACAGCUUCAACAGCAUCGAGUACGAGUGCAAACCCAACGACACGCGCACGCUCAUGUGGGUCAACAAGGAGACUUUUAUUUGACAGACACAUAUGUUGGCACAACACGAAUACGUGCUGGAUGUGACUUUUUUUAAUUUAAUUUGAUUUUUUUUUAUGUUUAAUGCAAACAUUUUUUGGGGAAGAAAAUCUAAAUAUUUGCUGAAGUAUUUUGGGGUUGAAUACAUUUUUAAAUGAAAAGGAAAAGAAAAAAAAACACAUUAUUAGGAAUGUAUACAUGCAUUUCAUUCGACCAACAUGGAUUACAAGGGUUUUCCAGUACUUUUUUUUUUUUUUAACUUGAUUUUGGCCCAUUGCAAAACAUGUCUAUUUCAUUUGUUUAAAUGUUUAAAUUAUUGAAAUCUAUUUUUAGAUAUCAAUAUUUUCAGAAAUGGGAUUGUUAAAAACUAGUAUUAUUUUCUUUAAAAAAGAAAUAUUUGUUUACAGUGUUGUUGCGCGUGUACGUUUGUGUAUGUUAGGGUUAGAGUUAACAGUCCUGAAUUAUUAUCAUCAUUGGAAGCCAUAUACAGUGGUAUGAAAAAGUAUCCGAACCUUUUGUAAUUUCUCACAUUUCUGGAUAAAAUCACUAUCAAAUAUGAUCUGAUCUUUUUCAAAAUCACACCGAUGAAAAAACAGUGUCUGCUUUAACUAAAACCACCAAAACAUUCAUCGGGUUUCAUAUUUUAAUGAGGAUAGUAUGAAAACAAUGACAGAAAGGGGGAAAAUAGUUAAGUGAACCAUCACAUUUAAUAUUUUGUGGCCCCCCCCUUUUGGGAGCAAUAACUGCAACCAGACGCUUCCUGUAGCUGCAGAUCAGUCUGCCACAUCGAUCAGGACUAACCUUGGCCCAUUCUUCUCGACAAAACUGCUGUAGUUCAGUCAGAUUCCUGGGAUGUCUGGUAUGAAUUGUCUGUCUUUAGGUCUUGCCACAGCAUCUCAGUGGGGUUCAAGUCUGGACUUUGACUUGGCCACUCCAGAAUGUGUAUUUUGGUCUUCUGAAACCAUUCUGAAGUUGAUUUACUUCGGUGUUUUGGAUCAUUGUCUUGUUGCAGCAUCCAUCCUCGUUUUAGCUUCAACUGUCUGACAGACGGCUUCAGGUUUUCCUGCAAAACUUUUGAAUUCAUUCUUCCAUUAAUGAUUGCAAGUUGUCCAGGCCCUGAGGCAGUAAAACAGCCCCAAGUCAUGAUGCUCCCUCCACCAUGCUUCACGGUAGGGAUGAGGUGUUGAUGUUGGUGAGCUGUUACAUUUUUCCUCCACACUUUGGUUUCAUCAGUCAACAAAAUAUUUUUCCAAAACUUCUGUGGAGUGUUCAUGUGCCUUUUUGCGAACAUUAAACGAACAACAAUGUUUUCAUGGAGUCCUCCCAUGAACACCAUUCUUGGCCAUAGUUUUGCAUACCAGUAUAGUCGAGAUAUUGGACUGUGCCAGUGAUUUCUGUAAGUCUUUAGCAGACACGCUAGGGUUCUUUUUUACCUCUCUGAGCAUUCUGCGCAGAACUCUUAGCAUCAUCUUUGGUGGACGGCCACGCCUUGGGAGAGAAGCAAAGUGCUAAACUCUCUCCAUUUGUAGACAACUUCUUUGACUGUCCAUUAAUGAACAUCCAGACUUUUAGAGAUGGUUUUCUACCCAUUCCUAGCUUUUUACAAAUCAACAAACCUUGAUCGUAGGCCUUGAGACAGCUAUUAUGACCGAGCCAUGAUGCACAUCAGACAAUGCUUCUCAUCAAGACACUUCUUACCAGGUGUGUGUUUUAUAGAGGACAGGGCAGCUUUAAACCACUCAUCAGUGAUAGGGCACACACCUGAUUAAAAUGUUUUGUAAAAAUUUGUUUCAAUUGCUGUUUAAGUCUCCUUAGGCAAAGGGUUCACUUACUUAUUUUUCCCACUACUGUCAUUGUUUGCAUGCAAUCCUCAUUAGAAUAUGAAAUGUUUGGGUGGUUUUAGUUAAAGCAGACACUAUAUUUUCAUCUGUGUGAUUUUGACAAAGAUCCGAUCACAUUUGAUUGUGAUUUUAUGCAGAAACAUGAGAAAUUCCAAAAGGUUCAGAUACUUUUUCCAUAUCUCUGUAUUGUAUCUCGUUUUUCUUUUAAAAUGCAAAUCUAUCGUAAUUUUUUUUUUAAAAAUUCAUGAUCACCUCAUGUGAUGUGUUGUUUUUAUAUUUGGUGCUUGUGUAAAAAAAAAAAAAAGUGGCAUUGUGAAAAAACUUGUGUUGAUAGUAAAAAAAAAGUUUUGAGCUCUGUUUGUAUUUGCUUUGCGGAGACUUUUGUAUAUGAGACUUGUUGACAACGUGCUUCUUUUUACAGUGUUUGUUCACGCUACCUCUUCCGACAAGACUUUAAAUAUUCAUUUACAAGUGUGUGAAGUCUUUAUAAUAAAUACUGUAUUUUGAAUUUUCCAUGUUGUGUUUUCUAAAAAUGACCAAUGUGUCUUUUGUACAUGUGAGAUGCAUUCAAGUGAACAUAUUUUGUUGUGAUGAAAAUUUGGAGUUGAGCUAUGCAAGAAUAAAAAUACAUAUAUACCGUAUAUAAACGAAAUGGUCCUGCAGUAGAGUCAGUUUGGGUGUUGCCCUUCUGCACAACUUGGCUUCCUUUUUAAAGCCA